GUUGUCAUCCAAUUUAGGUCUCAAUGUUGAUAGCCCGGGCGCUUCUUAUCCCCGCCAUAUAAUGCCAUAGUCGCACUACGGGAGGAAGCUGUUAGGGAUCUGGAAUACCGACGUCGCUCAUAGCGGUAGAGUCAUUCUAGAGCAAGACGGCCGUUUCAUGGGAAGUCGCUGCAAUUUGAACGAUAUGGAUGCAAAUGGAGCCAAGGAUCAUUCAAGCGUUCAGCCAUCGUUGUCAUGGCGAGAGUUUCAGUUUCAACACAAAGCCCAAGUAUCUAAACACCCGGCAUACCCUCGAAUCCUGCAGAUGGGUCUACUCGAUGACACUGCCUUUCACCUAGACGUGGGCUGUUCCACCGGGACCGACUUGCGAAAGCUUGCUGGUGACGGCUGGUCUGCAGAGCGGCUCAUUGGAGUAGAUCUUGAACAAGCAUGGAUCGACCUGGGUUACAAGCAAUACCGAGAUCGGGCAACCUGCGAUAUCAAGUUUGUGGCCGGGGACAUCUGUCAUGACGACCUCUUGCAGCCUAUAGGUCAGCUCGCUCGAGAUGGCUCAAACAUCCUCGACAAGACGGCUUCAGACGACCUCGUUCAUUCAAACGUCCGAUGCAUCUCGGUAUUCUCCUUCUUCCACCUCUUUGACGAAGCAGGGCAACUGGAACUGGCCCGGAGACUCGGGUCGCUGCUCUCAAACAAGCCAGGGAGCACCAUCUACGGAGCACAUCGAGGCCGAGCCACGGCAGGACGAGCGGAAAAGACGAGGAUCGGUGACAUAUACUGUCACUCACCGUCGAGCUGGACGUCGCUUUGGCAAGAACGAGUCUUUCCCGAAUCGUCUGGAAUCAGUGUUCAGGUCGACGUGGACUUUCGAGACGGACCCGAAGACAAGGACAUUGAUAGGGUGAUGGUCUGGAGCGUUACGAUCGCAUAGGGUUCAUAUCCGAGAUUACAAGCAUAAAGGUCGACUUCACGACGCGGAAAUACAACAAAAGAACAGCUCAAACGUCCAUUACAAACAAGUUCACCCCCAAUGCGAGGCGUAGGAGCGAAGAACGCGAUCAUAUGCUCUCGGGCGACAGCUAAAGAUCACGAGGAUCCCUCACUUGUCGCUAUCGAGCUCCUUGCGGAGGGCGGCAACCUGAGCCAUCAAUUCGCGGGGGAACGUCAGGUCGUUGGU